AUGGCCGAAGCCGUCUUCCGUCACGUCGUAACAGAGAAAAACCUCCUCGACAAAUUCGACGUAAUCGAUAGUGCGGGCACAGGAGCCUAUCACAUCGGAAACCCACCUGAUUCACGUUCCGUAGCCGAAUGCGAAAGGAAUGGAGUUAUGGUAUCUCAUCGGGCGAGACAGGUUGUUAAGGAGGAUUUUGAGAGGUUUGAUUAUAUAUUAGCUAUGGAUGAAGAGAAUUUGGAGGAUUUGGAGAGGAAGAGAGGGAAGGCGAAGGGGUCAAAGGCGAGGGUUAUGAUGUUUGGAGAGUUUGCGGGGGAGGGGGAGAAAGGGGGGAAGGUUGUGAGGGAUCCGUAUUAUGGGGGGCAACGGGGGUUUGAAGUUAAUUUUGGACAGUGUUGGAGGUUUAGUGAGGGGUUUUUGGGGAGGGUUUUUGAGGGGUGA